AUGUCUCUGGAGACUGUUGAACGUGCUUUAGCAGAAUUUUAUUGUAAUCAGAAUGUGGAAGUACAUAAGAUUUUAUUAGAUUUUCAAAAUUCUGUAGAUGCCUGGAACCUUGUAUGGAAUAUGUUAGAUACGUCUAAAGUAAAUACUUCCUAUCUUGAACCAUUAUAUUAUGAAUAAGUAUAGACCUUAAACUUAGUAUAAGGUCUAUAUAAAUAAUACAAUAAUUACACAAUUGCAUAAGUUAUGUUUAAAAUAUUUUAUUUCUUUCAGCCUCAUGAGAUACAAUUUUUUGGUGCUACUACACUUCACAUAAAAAUCACCAAACAAUGGUCACAAUUAAAACGAACAGAUUAUAUCCUUCUUAGAGAUAAACUAAUGGACACCCUAAUUAAGUACUACAAUUCAACAGGACCUUCAAAUGUAACAAAUAAACUGUGUUAUUGUGUAAGAAAACAUGAUUAUAAAAUUAUAUGAACAGUAUGUCUUAAAUCGUAUUUAUAAGAAUUUUCUUUUAAAUUAUAUAAUUAACAUUUCUAACAAUUUGUUUAAUAUCUCAGAAAUAUGUGAUAAAGUUUGUUUGCCAGUUGGCUUAGCUGUAAUCUAGUAGCUCAGAAGAUCAAUCACCAUCAUAAGAGUACUCUGCUUUCAUUUCUAGUCAGAAACCUUAACUUUUCUGAAGAAGUUAACUAAUUUAAUAUUUUUAUUUGAAAAAAAUAAUAAAAAUUAUUAAAUAAAAAUUAGAGUUAUUGAUUAUUGUUCAUGUUUAUUAUUUGUUUAGCUUUGUGCUUAUGUUGUUCGUACACUACCAAAUCAUUGGCCAGAUGCUAUUCCACAAUUAAUGGAAACAUUUAGAAAUUCUUUAUCUCAAUCUUCAAUAAAUGUUAGUGUUAUGAUUUUAGAAAUAUUAAUGGCAUUACCCGAGGAAGUAAGUUGUUUAUAUGUUUAUUAAACAUAAAUAUUUAAACAAAAAUUAAUAUAGUUGUUUUUAUUUUUUCUUAGUUUGGCGCUUCAACAUUAACUCAAAUACGACGAAAUGAAGUGCGGAGAGAACUAGAAAAAUCUUCAUUGCAAGGUUAGUUAAAAAUAUUCACUUCACAAUAGUUUAUAUCUAAUGUUUAAAAAUAUUAUUUAGUUUUAUCUAUUGUGGACAGUAUACUGCAAAGUGAUAGUAUGGACCCAAUUGUGAUACAUGCUUUGAAAUGUGCUGCAUCAUGGUUAGAUAUAGGUUUUGAUCUUAUUAAAUGCCAUCGUCUUACAGAUACUUUUAUAUCAGUUAUUGUAAAUCCAGAAAGAAAUCAAGAGUAAGUUCAAUUAUAAUAAAUGUUAUCAAUAACAUUAAUAUUGUUGAUUAUUUAUUUACUUAUUUUCAAUAUGGUAUGGGCUGUAUGCUCAAUUAACAAUAAGUAUAAUUCAAUUUAUAUUAAAUUAUUAUUUGGCUUAAAUUAAUAUUAAUAUGUUCACUUUAGAUGUGUUAUAUUAGCUAUAGAUGCUUUAAAAUCAUUGUGUACACAUCCUCGUACAUCUGUAUGUGAAGCGACUGUAUUUGAAGUUUUAAGUAAAGUUAUAAUAUUAUCUGAUAAAUUAUUUCAUUUAGAAAUAACAGAAGAACCAGUAAGUAAAUGAAUGGAUAAAAUAUGUACCAUGUUAAAGUGAAAAGUACAAUACUUUUGGUUUUAGAAUGUCAUUGUGGAUAAACUUUUUGACUUAUUUUUGGGAAUUGGCGAUCAGCAUUUUCGUCCAAUUGUACAAGGACUUUUAAAGGAUAAUACCAGAGAGUUAUGUACAAAAUUUUUCAACUUAUAUUUAACUUGUACAAAUGCACCUGGGUAUUAUCCAGUAAAUGAAAUUUACAGUGAAAAAACGUUUACAUUUUGGUUUUUAUUGCAAGUAAGCACAAUGUAAUAUCAUUUCAUUUAUUAUUACUACUUUCUAGUAUAUUUUUACAAUUUCAGGAUGAUUUGCUGUCAAAUGAUGCUGGGCCUGAUAAUACAUUAUUGACUAUUGUUAAGCCGUUAUAUGUAUCUUUAACUCAAGUAUUAUUAAAAAAAGUUGCAUACCCAGAAAAUCUAGAAUUGUGGACUCCAGAUGAACGAGAAUCAUUUCGGUGUUAUAGACAAGAUAUAUCAGAUACUUUUGUAAGAGUAAUAAUUAUUAUAUUUGUCUAUAAUUUAUUUUUUUUAUAUUUAAUAUGUACUUAUAUAAUUUAAAAUAAACAGAGCUCACAUUAAUGCAGGAUGGGGGGAAUGAUAGAGGAAGGAAUUCUUAUUACUCUAUUUUUUUUUUUUACCGACUUACUAAUAUUUCUAUUGUACGAAUGAUAUUUUCAAAAAACCAUAAGUCAUCAAUUCUGAUAAAUUGAAAUUUUUUCAGAAUUGAAUAUUUAUCAUUCAGUUAUAAAUGAUUAUCAUUAUUUUUUCUGUGUUGCACUUUCGCCUUGUGUGCCAAUAAUUAAUAUUGAAAGUAAUUUAAACAAAUUCUGAACAUUAUUAUUUUUUUUUUUACAAAAAUAUAAUAAAUUUAUAAAUAUAAUGAAAUGUCUAUAUAUUAUAAAUGUUAAUAGGUAAGUAAGGGUUAAAAAGAUAUAGGAUGUAGGGUAACUAAAUUUAUAAACCAAAAGCAACGAUAAAUCAUUGCAAACGAAAAAUAAUCCUUAACUCAGUAGUAUGUAUAGUAUUAGUCAUGUUAUUUUCUUUUGUAGCCAAGGUAACCCAGUACUUAAUAAAAAUAAAACCAAUUUAUUGAUAUUUAUUGUCGGUUUUUUAAAAAAUCAUAGAUAUUUUUUUAAAAAGUACACUAAUUAAAAAAAAUUGUGUCUUAAUAAAUAACAAUAUAAAAUAUCAUAGUUGUAUAUUAAAUAAUAACUUUUUUCAAUUUACUCAGAAUAUAAAAUAAAUACACAAGCAAAAACUUAGACUGACUAAUUUAAACUUAUUAUUAUUGAAUUUUUUUAAACUAUUGAAUUAUGUUUGAGAAGUAAUGUAUAUUUGGUGUGACUAUUAAAGUAAAGUUAAGUUCAAUAAUUUUAUUAAUUCACAGCAAUUUUUUUUAAUAUCUAUAUUUUAUUUUAUUUUCCUAAUUUAAGCUCUGAAAAUAAACCUUUCAAUUUAAAAUUAUUUUUAUUUCAGACUUAUUGUUACUUCAUCUUACAGUCAGAAAUGUUAGAUGUACUUUUAUCAAUUUACAAACAAGUAACCUGUGAUUCUAAAACUGCAAUUGCACAAUGGCAAACAGUUGAAGCGUGCUUAUAUGCUUUUACUGCAAUAGCGGAACCUCUUCAAAACCACAAUUCACACCCACAUAUUGAACAGUUGAUGUCAUCUUUAGGUUCAUUACCUUAUGAACAAUUGGAUAAAAAAGCAGCUGUUGCUGCAAUGGAUACUAUUGGUAUAAAAAUUAAAUAUAUGUAAUAAUAAUUUUUAGAUACUUGUGAUAAUAAUUGUAUGUAUAUAUAUACAUAUUAGGGUAGUCCUUAUUUUGAUAAUUUUAAAAUUUUCUUUGUGAAAUCUGAUCAUCUUGUGCUGUAUAAUAAGAAAAAAUAUAUCAUCAAAUUUUAAGAUUAUUUGGAUAAUAUUUAGUAGAAACACUCAGUGUUUGAAUAUUUAAUAACAACAAAUUUGCACGAAAUCAAUGAAAAUAGUGUACAAAAAACCACAGAUUGUUUCAGGGGUGGUAAAACUGGAGAGAAUGAGGGAGAAAUAUACCCCCUCAUUAAAUGUGUUAAUACAGAGUGGUUUUUUUUAAGUAUGCUCAGUAUUCAUCCCAUUUUUUCGAUUAAAUUAUGUGCAUAAAUUUAAAUUUUGAUAUUUGGAACUUUUAAGUGUAUUGAAAGAUGAUAUUUUCAAAUACAGUAAAACCUCUCUAUAACGGAAUCGUUUGGGACCAAACAUAUUUCCGUUAUAAAGAGUUUUCCGUCAUAGAGAGGUAGAAUAAAAAAUUAAGUUUCAAGACUGUAUGCAUGUACGUGUUAAUUUUUUCAAACGAAGGAGUUUUCAAUCUUUUACUCUUUCCCGAGUUUUUACUAGUUACCCAAUUUAUCCAUAAUCUUUUCUUUAUUUUUAUUUGCGUCGUAAACUUGAGUUUUUCUACAUUUAAAUCUAUUAAUGAGUUCCUUCUUACUUAGUUUUUGUGUUUCCUUCAACUCAAUUAGUUUAACUUUAUCGGACAACAUCAGAGCUGUACGUGACAUAGUAAGUAAAAAUGAAAAUAAGUAUGUACAAAAUGAAAUCAUAACGACAAUACAGAUGAUGAACAAUUCACAUUUACUAAACGAUAUGAACAAUUUAACAGAAAAAAGAUGACUGUGCUGUUCAUAUUAACAAAAUUACGUACAUAGGUUACCUAAUCUUUUCUACACGCUCAUUAGAAGGUAUGUAAUAAACAAACCAAUAUAACAAUCGUGAAGAUAUAUUGUCAAAUGAUUUUUCAGAACAACCUGUAAUUUUUCUUUAAAUAAUUUUAUUUUCCAUUUAACAGAGAGUAUUUUUACUAAUUUGAUUACGAAAAUUGUCCGUUUCGGUUUAGUAGAGGUUUUGUCUUAGAGAUGUCAGUUUUAUAUAUUAUUUGCACUGGGACUAUUGACAUUUUCCGUUAUAAGGAGGAUUCCGUUUAAUAAAGGGUCCAUUAUAGAGAGGUUUUACUAUAAUUAAAAUUUUUUUUUAAUACAAUCUUUUUGAUAUUAAAUAUUAAAAUUUCGUGUAGCUUCCACUUAGUAUUAUUUAAGUAGCCUCAAACGAAAAUUUUUUUUUAUUAUAUGGUAUAAGAUAGAUAGGCGUCCCAAAGGAAAUUGGCAAAAUAAAACCCUUUAUAUAUGUAUAAUGUUUAUAUUUAUUUUUAGGAGCAUAUUAUUAUUGGAUGGAAACACAUCCAUCAUAUUUAAAUUUUAUUGUACCACUUUUAAUGAUGGGUCUGCACAAUAGUAAUAUGUUUUCUUCGGCGUCAAUUGCUCUUAGGGAUAUUGCAAAAGAAUGCAGACAAACUAUAGCUCCUUAUAAUGAGGUUAUAUUAAAUACUGCAAUGGUAAGAUUUGUUAAAUUAUCUUGAGGUCAAUAAUAUUGUAAUAUCUUGUGUAUGAGGUGUGCAAUCCACCAGUCUUAAUGGGUCUCAAAAACCAAAGGCUUAAAUUUAAAAUUGUCUUUCUCAAAUAUUUGUUAGCUUUCACUUUUAAAGUUUUUAAUCAAAUUUAUUACAUGUGUAAGUAGUGGAUAAAUAUUAUAUUAAAUUAUCCUAUUCAAAUUUUAAUGUCAACAAUGAUUUAUAACAUUUAUAGUAAAUAUUAAUAAAACAUUCAAUUAAGAAAAAAAAAAUUAGAGCCUCAAAUUAAAUCUUUGCACACAAACCUCAAAAUUCAUAGUUUUAACACUGUUUGACAUUUAUUGUACAUUGUAAAAAAUGUAUAUAUUUAGAUUGCAUUAAAACAAGUAAGCAAACUAAAAGAAGAACUCCGUCUAAUUUAUACCAUAGGAGUUAUUUUGUCAGCUAUACCAUUUCCUAAGUGUAAACCGUCUUUGGAUAUGUUUAUUGACCCUAGCUUGGAUGUAAUGAAAAAUAUAUUGGCUAUUGAGGUUUAUAUUAAACAUUUUAAAUAAAAUGUUUGUAUUUUUUACUAAAAUUGUAUUUUAUUUUAGGAUCACACAGAAUGUAAUAAACAUAGACCUGAGUUACAAAAGAGAAUUAAAGUUCUUAGUUCAUUAGUAUCUGCAAUUGAUCAGAAGAAUACAGUUUAUCAUAUGAUAGAAACAAUUACCCCUCUGCUUCACAUGAUGGCUAUUAAGUGCUUCAUCGCUUGCCCUGAAGAUCUAUUAUACACUGUAAGUAUCUAUUAAUAAAUAUGAGCGAUCAUAAUUUGAAUAUAUCUGAAAAUAUACAUCAAGUUGUAUGUGGCAUGGAACAUACCAUUCUAUUUUAAUAUAAAAUUUUUGUUUUGUUUUUUUUUUAUAUAUAAACAUAUCUUUUACUAGUAUCUAUUGAUAUUUUUUCUUUGUUACUCUCAAUAACAUUCAAUUGGCUUUUUACUAUUGUUUGUAUCAUACAGUAUACAUAUGACAACUCAAUAAAAAAAGUAUAAAACACUUUAGAAUUAGAUGCUGCCGUUCUGGAAUAUCAGUCCUCUAUUAAUUAUAUCAACCCUAUAACAUACAAAAAUAAUCUAUACAUGUAUAUUGAUUAUUUUUGUAAAUUUUCCUUACUUAUGAUGAGCAUACAACUUUAAUUACCAAAAAGAUUAACAUCUCUAUCAUCUCGUGAAACAUUACAAGGUUUAUUUCUAAUUAUUUAUAUAUAUGCACAAGGUGAUCCAUUUAAGUCUGUACCAUUCAAUAGGUAUCUCAGAUAGUAUUAAUUUUUUUUUAGAAUUUACUACAUAAAACAUUUAAGAAACAAGCAACUCUAUAAUUGUAUAUUUAAGUUAUUUUUUGUCACCCUUAUUCCUGAGGUUAAAACCACUACCUACUUGUGAUUAUCAAAUGGUAACCUAUAUUAAAAUAUAGUAUAGAAAUAUAUUAAAAAAAAAUGUAUAUAUAAAAAUAAAAUUAAUUAAUGAAUAAUACUUAUCAUAAUACUCCAGGCGAUACAUUCAUUCAUUUAUUUAUUUUAUUUUUUAUAUACAUUUUUUAUUUAUUUGUAUUAACCAUUUUAAUAAUUUUGUUUUUACUUUAUUAUUUUAUUAUCUAUAUUAAAAAUUCCAGAAAUAGAUUUAGUAUUAAUUAAAAUUAAUUUUGCUGUUAACAUUUUUGAUUACUGUUAAUAUUCUAAUUUUAAAUUUUGAAACUAUGAAAGUAGUGGUGCAUUAUUAACAUGCUGUGUGCCGUGCCAUCACACAAAUGAUGCUCUACUACUAUCCUCUGACUUAAACUUAAAAGUGGAAUAUUUCGUCCAUGGGUUGACCAAACUCAUACAUUUCAAUAUCAACAUUUAUUUUAACUAAUAUUCAAUCUAUUUAUGGAAUUUUUACUAUAGGUUGUCAUUUUCAAUCAAGAGAAGUUAGUAGUUUUAAAUCGAAAAAUAAGGGUGACAAAGAACAACAUAAUUGUAAAAUUCUGAAAAAAAUAAAUUUUUUCAGAGAUAAUGAGUGUACUCACUUAAAUGGAUCACCUAGUAUACAUGAACUGAAAUUAAUUAAAUUAUAAUCAUAGGCGGACCUAGAGUUUUAUAUUUGAGUGAGCCCAUCCUUCUAUGUAGUUAUUUUAGAUUCUGAGUGGAGCGAAGCUUAUGGUUUUAUAAAAAUAUUUUUUUUUUCUGUGGAUACUUUUCUACCAGCAAUUUUGCUCCAAUUUAUAAUGAUAGACAUUUUUCUAAAAGAAAAUUUGAUUAGGGAGGUACUUUUACGAUUUUUUCAGGAGUUUUCUAAACAAAUGUUAAAAGGGGGAAACAUAAUAUUUAUUAUUAUUUGUUCUUUAUCAGUGUUAUUAUUACAUUAGGGUGUGCCAGGGUACACCUGGCACACCUCUUAGAUCAGCUUAUGAUUGUAAUCACUAAUUACAAAGUAGUUUCUGUUGAUUUAAAAAUUUUAAAAAUACUUUGUAUCAUUUACGGAUACACAAAAAAUAUGUAGAAUUCUAAUUUUACUUUAAAGAUAAUAGCUAUAACACUUAUAUAAAUGGUAUUUAUUAUAUAAAAAUAUAAUAUUUUUCUUUUUUUGGAUGCACUAACCAUAAAAAAAAAUAUAUAUAUAUAUAUAUUUACAUUCUAGUAGUUUUUACAUUUCGGUUAAGAUAGAUAUGUUAUUAGUAAUAACAACGAAAAACUUACUGUCUCCACAGGUAUAAUAUUAUUUACUGUUGUAAAUUUAUCAUGGGCUAAAAAUUACCUGUUUUAAAACAUAAAUUACUUGGCAAAUUUGUGCCCAGGGAGUUGUGUAGUUAAGUUAGUUAUUAUAUUUUAUUACAAGGCACGAUUUGUUAAUUAUAAAUUUAUGAGCUCUGGUACUUUUAUAGCAUUAAAUAUUAUAAACUUAUAAUAAAACAGUCUAUUCAAAAAUAUUGUAUUUUCAGGGAGUUUGUGAAUUCUUAAAAAUUGUUGUAUCCAAAAUGCAAGAAGAUUGUUCAAUGGCUUUAAAUGUAAUAAUUGAAAUUCUUAUGAUUGGAUUUAGAAAAUCCCCCCAGCCAGCUGGCAUGAUUCUUUUUAAAGAAGUAAUUUUAGUUCAAUUGGUCAUAUAAAUUGCUAAAUAUUUAUUUUAUCUGAAAUUUUAGAUAAUAAUAAUGUUUGGAAGACAAGAAUCAUUUUUUACACUUAUUAAGUCUACGUAUGAAGAAAUUUGCAUAAGAGUUAAAUAUCUAUUAGAACAAGUGUCUUCGGCUGAUCAUGUUGGUCUUGGAGAUAUAUUAGAAUCGUAUUUAUCACUUCAAGGACAUGUAUUUAGAAAAUUACCACUUGUUGCUAUUGACAAUCCAAAUGUAGAUUUUGAAUUUAUUUUUAAACUAGGUAUCAAUUAAUUAGUUAAUUAAAUCAACUUAUAAAAUAUUUCUAAUAAUUUGCAUUAAUACUAACAUUUCUUAUAUUUUUAGCCUCUGAAGCAUUGUGUACUAAUGAGAUAUUCCUUGUAAAAAAUGCAGCUUUCUUUUUAACAAUAUUUAUAACUACUAGUCGGGAAAAGAGAUCCCUGUUUAAAGUUAUUGAAGAUAAUGGCCAGUUUCUUGUCAUGAAAAUAAUAUGUAUUAUAAGUAAGUUUUUAUUAUUUUUAAAAAUGUGAGUUUAAACGCCCAGUUAUACAUUUAAGUAUUCUAAGUUAUAUCAAAUAUCAGUAUUAGAUUCUGAGUAAAACAAAAUGUAUAGUUUUACAAAGAUGUUUAUUUUUUUUGUAUAAUCUGUGCGCAGCUUUUCUAUCAAAAAUCUUGCUCCAAUUUUUAAGUGUAGCAUAUUUUCUGAAAUGAAAUUAGUGUGGGAAGGUACUUUAAGGAGGUAAUUUUUCGGUUAAAUGUAAGUAUAAGUUGAAAAAAAAUCAACCUUUUAUUUUUCAGGUGAGCCACUUUUAUACAAGCAAUUUUGCUCAGAUUUUUAAUGAUAGCAUUUUUUCUUAAAGGAAAUCUGAUUGCGGACGUACUUUGGAGAGUUUAUUUUUUAUUUUCUCACUAGUUUUCCCAAUAAAUAUGAAAACCGUAGGAAAAACAGAAAAAUAUAUACAAUAUUAACAAAUAUUUUUUAAGAAUAUAUAUUUUGCCUAUGUAAUUAUUUUACCAUAUGACAUAUAUAUUGUUGACAAAGCAACUACACUAUCAACUGAACUCAACUAAGAAUUGUUUUUUUUAAUUAGUAAUGGUUAGUCAUUGCUAACAGAUUACAUUAAAUUACCUAUAACAGUGGCUGCAUCAGUCCCUAUUAUUCUACAAGACCUUUUAAAUUAAUGUUUUAUUUAUCAUUAUAGUUGUUAUAAAUAGGAUAUUUGUUGACUUAAAAAAUUGAUUAUAUGAUUUUAUGUAACAAUCAAUACAUAAUAAAUAUAAAAAAGGGUCACAUUGGUAAGAAUGGUUCCCUACAAUUUCAAAUUGCGAAGUAAAACUUGAUUUUACUUACAAACUGUUUUGGGAACCUAUAAACAGUUUCUCAAUUUUAAAUAAAUAUCACUUUAAUGUUUAUAUAUAUAUAAAUAUUUAUAGAAGGUGAUACAGUGACAGCAAGUUUAGAUGUUAUGUGUGAAGUCUUGUUAAUAUUAAAUAAAAAAUAUAGUAGUAAUUUACAAAUAUGGUUUCAAGAUAUAAUAACGAUACAAAAUAUUUUAUUACCGAAUGUAACAGAAGAUAUGAAAACUAUUUUUUUCAAACGAGUGAUACGGUAAAUUUACCUAGUAUUAAUAAACCUUAAAAAAAAAAUUAAUUAUUUAAAUUGUUGUUUUUAUAGAGAAAAAAGUAGCAAAAAGGCUUUACAAGAUGUAGUCAAAGAAUUUUCAUAUAUCUGUCGAGGGUUAAUUGAAGUAGAGACAUAUGCAGAAUCAUGA